UUCUUUUUUCGCUUCUCUUGUUUUACAUUUUGAUUCACAAUCAUGGAUUCAAGUUCUUUGAACAUAGCAAUGUAUCCAUGGCUAGCUCUUGGUCAUCAAACUCCCUUUAUGCACCUAGCGAACAAGUUAGCCAAAAAAGGCCACAAAAUCACCUACUUCAUAAAUAGAAAGUCACAAGCCAAGUUAGAACCUUUCAAUCUCCACCCUAAUCUCAUCACCUUCGUAACGAUCAACAUUCCUCAUGUCGAAGGCCUUCCUCCUAAUGCAGAAUCCACCUCAGAUGCGGCUUACCAUUUAAUCCCCCACAUCAUGACAGCCAUGGAUCUAACUCAACCUGACAUGGAAACUCAUCUUAACAACCUCAAACCUGACAUUAUCUUCUAUGAUUUCACCCAUUGGAUGCCAGCUUUGGCGCGGCGUUUCGGUAUCAAGGCCGUCCAAUAUUGUGUUUCUAGUUCAUCCUUGGUCGCCUACACUCUUACCCCAUCAAGGUAUCACCAAGGAGCCAACAUAACUGAAAUUGACAUGAUGAAGCCUCCUCCAGGGUACCCUGAUUCAUCUAUGAAGCUUCAUUUACAUGAAGCGCGAGCCUAUGCUGCGAAAAGGAAAGAGAUUUUCGGCAGCAAUGUUCUUUUCUACGAUCGCCAGCAAAUCUCGUUGAGUGAAGCCGAUGCCUUGGGAUACAGAACUUGCAGAGAAAUUGAAGGGCCUUAUCUUGAUUACAUAGAAAAGGAGUUCAAGAAACCUGUGCUUGUUACAGGACCAGUAAUACUAGAGCUACCCAAGUCUGGUUUGGAUGAGAAAUGGGUUUCAUGGCUUGGAGGGUUCAAACCAGGGUCAGUGGUCUAUUGUUGUUUUGGAAGUGAAUGCACUAUGAAACCAGAGCAAUUUAUUGAAUUGGUGCUUGGUCUUGAGCUCACUGGCUUGCCAUUCUUGGCAGCUUUGAGACCCCCAAUUGGGUUUGAUUCACUUGAAGCAGCACUGCCAGAAGGGUUUGAAACUAGGGUUCAAGGAAGAGGGAUUGUGUAUGGUGGAUGGAUUCAGCAGCAAUUGAUUUUGCAACACCCAUCUGUGGGGUGCUUCAUCACACAUUGUGGAUUCGGUUCAUUGUCAGAGGCAUUGGGGAAUGAGUGUCAAUUGGUGUUGAUACCAAAUGUUGGUGACCAGAUUGUGGUUGGAAGGAUGAUGGCUAAUAACUUGCAAGUUGGGGUGGAAGUGGAAAAAGGUGAAGAAACUGGGUUUUACACUAAGGACAGUGUCCGCAAAGCUGUGAGCAUUGUGAUGGAUAAUGAGAAUGAAACCAGCAAAAAAAUCAGAGCUAACCAUGCCAGGAUUAGAGAGAUGCUGCUCACCAAAGAUUUAGAGUCUUCUUAUAUUGACAAUUUCUGCAAGAAGCUUCAAGAGAUUGUUGGGAAAAAGAGCCCAUAACUCUCUAGAGCAAUGCAAGUUGUGCUUCAUGAAAAGUAAUUUACUGAGUCUGUUGGAUUUGCCUGUUUAUGAUUUAUUUGUUGUGCAUGUAUGUUAUAGAUGAGGAUGUGGUCAUCACUCAUUACUGAAGUUGGAGCCUAAAAGUUAAUUCAAGUAGUUCUCAUAUGUUGAAAAGCUUCUUAUAUGAUGCAGUGCUUCUAAA